CUCCGAAGCCGCCUCUCUCAGCCUCAGCCACUUCUUUCUAUCAUCUGUCUCUUACAUACACAGCUCAAAAGCCUUCUAAAACCCUGCUCCGUGCGUCUAUCUAUGCCUUUUCCUCAAUAAUCCGCACUUCACCUUCAAUUGUUUCAAGCCCUAUCUCGCUGCGCGAAAAAAUGGCUGGAAAAUCGAAUAAGGGGAGGAACAAAAAAGGAUCGCAUAAUGCAACCAGUUCUUCAGAACCGUCUGUUCAAUCUGGUGUUACUGCGAAGGAUAAUGUGGAAAGCACUUCGGAAUCUGCGAAAACGGAUGCCGUUGAAAUUGCAACCGCUCCUGAUUCAACUAGUGUUGUUCCAGAGGUGAAGGAGCGCGAAACAACAAAUGAAGGGAGCGCUUUGGAAUCUGCGAAAACGGAUGCCGGUGAAAUUGGAGCCACUCCUGAUUCGACUAGUGUCAAUCCAGAGGUGACGGAGCAUGAAACAACAAAUGAAGGGAGCCAACUGAAGCAAGGUGAUCUUCAACUUUACCCUGUUUCUGUUAAAACUCAAACUGGGGAGAAGCUUGAGCUACAGUUGAAUCCAGGAGACUCUGUCAUGGAUAUAAGACAGUUUCUUCUUGAUGCUCCAGAGACAUGCUUUAUUACAUGCUAUGAUUUACUACUGCAUACAAAGGAUGCAUCCACUCAUCACCUGGAAGAUUAUAAUGAAAUUUCCGAGGUAGCUGAUAUUACAACUGGUGGUUGCUCCUUGGAAAUGGUUCCUGCAUUUUAUGAUGAUAGAUCUAUAAGGGCUCAUGUCCACCGCACAAGAGAGUUGCUUUCUCUUUCUAACCUCCAUUCUUCACUAUCAACAUCACUUGCCCUCCAGAAUGAGAUCGCACAAAAUAAAGCUGCAAAUUCUGGAGAAACCUUAAAACCUGAAGCUCCUGAGCUUGAUGGGCUUGGUUAUAUGGAGGACAUUUCUGGUUCAUUGGGUAAUUUAUUAUCAUCCCCAUUGAAGGAUAUUAAAUGUUUGGACAGCAUGGUGUUUUCAUCCUUCAAUCCUCCUCCGAACUAUAGAAGGCUUGUUGGAGAUUUGAUUUAUUUGGAUGUGAUAACUCUUGAGAGUAAUAAGUUUUCUAUUACGGGAAGUACAAAAAUGUUUUAUGUCAACUCAAGCUCAGCAAACACUCUUGACCCAAGGCCAAGUAAAGCUACUUUUGAAGCUACAACUCUUGUUGCUCUCUUACAGAAAAUCAGCCCAAAGUUCAAAAAAGCUUUCCGCGAAAUAUUGGAGGGUAGAGCUGCUGCCCAUCCUUUUGAAAAUGUGCAGUCAUUGUUGCCACCUAAUUCGUGGCUUGGCUUUUACCCUGUUCCAGACCACAGACGCGAUGCAGCCAGAGCUGAAAAUUCCUUGACUCUUCUGUAUGGCAGUGAGCCAAUUGGCAUGCAAAGAGAUUGGAAUGAGGAAUUACAAUCUUGUCGAGAAUUUUCUCAUAUAACUCCACAGGAGAGGAUUUUGCGGGAUAGGGCACUUUAUAAAGUGACAUCAGACUUCGUUGAUGCAGCCAUUAAUGGUGCUGUUGGAGUGAUAAGUGGGUGUAUUCCUCCAAUAAACCCAACCGAUCCAGAAUGCUUUCACAUGUAUGUGCACAACAAUAUAUUCUUUAGUUUUGCUAUUGAUGCUGACCUUGAGAAGCUGUCCAAAAAACAUCCGGAUAGUAAUUCACAAACACGGAGUGCUGGCACUUUGCAAAGUUCUUCUGAUAAAGCUUCUCAUAUUGUACUUCAUGGAGACAGUCAGGUUCCCAAUGGGGGGAAAAAUGAUACUUCAAGUACAGAAGAUCUUAAUGGCACAGAAGUCACUGAUGAUGUUUCUCCUGAAGGUCAGCUGGCUGAGAAUGAGCAAGCCACAUAUGCUUCGGCGAACAAUGAUUUGAAGGGCACCAAGGCUUACCAGGAAGCUGAUGUCCCUGGACUUUACAAUCUUGCUAUGGCUAUAAUUGACUACAGGGGUCACAGAGUUGUAGCUCAGAGUGUUUUACCAGGCAUUCUUCAAGGGGACAAGUCAGACUCUCUCUUGUAUGGCUCUGUUGACAAUGGGAAAAAAAUUUGCUGGAAUGAAGAUUUUCAUUCUAAGGUAUCUGAGGCUGCCAAACGCCUCCAUUUGAAGGAACAUUUAGUCCUUGAUGGAUCUGGAAAUGUUUUCAAAUUAGCUGCACCAGUGGAGUGCAAGGGCAUUGUUGGUGGCGAUGACAGGCAUUAUCUUCUUGAUUUGUUGAGGGCAACUCCUCGGGAUGCCAACUAUAGUGGACCUGGUUCUCGAUUUUGUAUCUUGAGACAAGAAUUAAUUACUGCCUUUUGUCAGGUCCAAGCAGCUGAGACAACCAAAUCUGAGGAGACGAGUACUCAAGGUGCAGAUAAUUUGGCUACUGAUUCUCAAAAUGGCAUUGACGCUGACAAGCCGGAUUUAACAGUAGAAGAAAAAGCGGAGGAUGCGAAAGGACAUGCUUCUGCAUCUACUGAAACCUCUGGUUGCAAAGACGAAAUUACUUUCAAUCCUAAUGUUUUCACUGGAUUCAAACUUGCUGGGAGUCCAGAGGAAAUUGCAGCUGAUGAAGCAAAUGUGAGAAAAGUUAGUCAAUAUCUUACUGACGUCGUACUUCCGAAGUUUGUACAAGACCUAUGCACCCUUGAAGUUUCACCUAUGGAUGGCCAAACAUUAACAGAAGCACUUCAUGCUCAUGGCAUUAAUGUUCGCUAUAUUGGCAAAGUGGCUGGAGGGACUAAACAUCUGCCUCAUUUGUGGGAUCUUUGUAAUAAUGAAAUUGUUGUUAGAUCGGCGAAGCAUGUAAUCAAGGACUUGUUGAGAGACACAGAGGAUCAUGAUCUUGCACCAGCAAUUUCUCAUUUCUUGAACUGCCUAUUUGGAAGUUGUCAAGCCCCUGGUGGAAAAAUAAAUGCUAAUAGCACACAGUCCAGAACUCCUAAAAAGGAACAAGAAGGGAAUCAGUCUUCUGGAAAGCAUUCCAAAGGGCAAACACAAUGGAAAGGAAGGGCAUCUUUAAGAAAAACUCAACCUUCAUAUGUGAAUAUGAGCUCUGAUACUGUUUGGUCAGACAUUCAAGAAUUUGCAAUGCUCAAAUAUGAGUUUGAGUUGCCAGAGGAUGCAAGGUCACGGGUUAGGAAAAUUUCUGUUAUACGUAAUCUCUGUCUGAAGGCCGGUAUAACCAUUGCAGCUCGUAGAUAUGAUCUUAGUUCUGCAGCACCCUUCCAAACAUCAGAUGUUUUGGAUCUUCGACCAGUAGUCAAGCAUUCAGUACCUGCAUGUUCAGAAGCCAAGGAACUUGUUGAAACGGGAAAACUUCAAUUGGCUGAGGGCAUGCUCAGUGAAGCCUACACUUUAUUUUCAGAGGCAUUCUCCAUUUUACAACAGGUUACUGGUCCUAUGCAUCGGGAGGUUGCUAAUUGCUGUCGGUAUCUUGCCAUGGUUUUGUAUCAUGCUGGAGAUAUGGCUGGGGCUAUCAUGCAACAACAUAAGGAACUAAUUAUCAACGAACGUUGUCUUGGUCUAGAUCAUCCUGAUACCGCUCACAGCUAUGGAAAUAUGGCUCUGUUCUACCAUGGACUUAACCAGACGGAACUUGCCCUUCGCCAUAUGUCCCGGGCUUUGAUCUUAUUAAGUUUGUCAUCAGGGCCAGAUCAUCCUGAUGUAGCAGCUACUUUUAUAAAUGUUGCGAUGAUGUAUCAGGAUAUAGGAAAGAUGGAUACAGCUCUUCGUUAUCUGCAAGAAGCUUUAAAGAAGAACGAAAGGCUUCUUGGCGAGGAACAUAUUCAAACUGCUGUCUGUUAUCAUGCUCUUGCCAUUGCAUUUAAUUGUAUGGGUGCUUUCAAGCUCUCUCACCAGCAUGAGAAAAAAACAUAUGAUAUACUUGUAAAACAACUUGGUGAGGAUGAUUCAAGGACACGGGACUCGCAGAACUGGAUGAACACAUUUAAGAUGCGUGAACUACAGAUGAAUGCUCAAAAGCAAAAGGGUCAAGCUCUGAAUGCAGCUUCGGCUCAGAAGGCUAUUGAUAUCUUGAAGGCACAUCCUGAUUUGAUACAUGCAUUCCAAGCUGCUUCAGCAAACGGUGGACCAAGUUCAGGUGCUUCUGCUAACAAAUCUCUCAAUGCUGCAAUAAUGGGUGAGGCUCUCCACAGAGGAAGGGGAAUUGAUGAAAGGGCGGCACGUGCUGCUGCUGAAGUCAGGAAGAAGGCUGCAGCUAGGGGUCUGUUGGUACGUCCACACGGUGUGCCGGUACAGGCCAUGCCGCCCCUGACCCAACUUCUGAAUAUCAUAAAUUCCGGUGCGACUCCAGAUGCUGCUGUUGCGGAAAAUGGGAACGUAGACAGAGCAAAGAAGGAAGAAAAUGGCAUUCCUUCAAGUGAUCCAACUGAUGCCAAAAGCGGCCAAUCAGUGCCGGUUCAAGAACAGGCUCCAGUUGGACUGGGAAAGGGGUUUUCAUCAUUGGAUGGUAAGAAACCAAAGUCAAAACCAAAGGCUGGGGCUUGAAAUUUUGAACAUGUAAGUUAUGUGUAGAGUUGGCAAUGGUAGAUUCAUUUGAGAUCAGAUAUUUUUCUUGAGAUGGUCAGAUUCACCUGCUCAGGUUUGGAAGAGUGUUGAGUAGUGGUUGGAAUUAAUUUUGGGUUUACUUGCCCUUUCUCAGUAGGUUUUGGUAGACUCAGACCAUCCAAGUGAAUGCUAAAGAUUAGUGUGGUAAAAGUUCAAUUUUUGUCUUCUGGCUAAUCACUGAUAAAUCUUUCAGUGAACUAUAUAUUUGGGGGGUAUUGGGUUAUAUAACCUCCAUUUUGAUAUGAGCCCGUGUAUCGUUAACUUAUUUAACUGCCAGUUGAAUUGAGGCAAAUUCAUUUCAUAAUAAGAAUUGUAGAAUAAUUUGCUGCAACGUUCUUAUGAAGGAUAUUAUUGAUAAAAUGAUAUGUAGUCUUGAUCU